GCAAAUUUUAUUUGUUCGCGAUUGCUGGCAGGUGAAAAUAUUCGAUUAUUGCGAUUUUCUUUUGAAACAUUGCCAGAGAUGUCUUAACAAUUUGAAACAUUAAACAUCAAAUUCGGCUAGGAAGUGCAUAUUACUUUGUAGGGUUAAUAAACAAAUCAUCAAGAAAUUAAACAAAAAAUAUUGUAGUAGUUGCAAAAAAGAACAAGAGGAAAAUCGAAAAAAAAACGCAAAAAAAAAAGAAAACUUUCUUUUCUGCCAAUAAAAUUGGCGAAAGCAAAGCAGCUGUUGGAUUAAGCAGUGACUUUGAAAAAGUGUCAAUAAUAUAGUGAAAACGAAGCAAAAGUAUUUCAGUGCAUUCUAUAUAUACUAGAUCUGUCGGGCUGUCGCCGGAAAGAAGCGGUGCAUUCACAACUUGUGGGCGUUUCGUCAUCAUAGUCAGUUAACGCUGCCACCACCGUCGCCGUAACGCAUGACUCGUUACCCACUUCGGGUGGAUGCGCAAUUCAUUUUGCAAUAGCAAGACAACCCAUUAUUUUUUACUAUAUCUGCUGUGCAGCAUCAGCAAAGUUUCCAUAUUUGUGGUUGACAGUUCCACCACCUUAGUGUGGUCAACCAAUUGUCAUCAACAUGAAGAAGAUCUUUUCAAAAUUCGAUAAAAAUGAAAAAUUGGAUAACUCGCACAAUCACUCCACAUCGAAGGAGACCAACAGUUUUGUUGGUAAAGUAUUUACAGUGGGACGUGUAAGUGUGACCGUGGAAGAUGUGCUUGCUGAAGGUGGUUUUGCCAUGGUCUUCCUCGCUAAAGCGAACACAGGCAAUACAAAAUAUGCGCUGAAGCGUAUGUAUGUGAAUAACGAGCACGACUUGAACGUGGCCAAGAGGGAGAUUCAGAUCGCUAGUAAUCUAAGCGGCCAUAAGAAUAUUAUAGGCUACGUAGACUCGAGCAUUACGCACACCGGUAACGGUGUAUGUGAAGUACUGUUGCUCAUGCCCUACUGCAAGCAGCACAUGCUGGCCAUGAUGAAUGCAAGAUUGCAGGUUGGCUUUAACGAACAGGAAGUUCUCACCAUAUUCUGUGAUAUUUCAGAGGCAGUGUCACGCUUGCACUAUUGUCAAACCCCAAUUAUCCAUAGGGAUUUGAAAGUUGAGAAUAUACUGCAGAAUGAUGCUGGUAAUUUUGUACUCUGCGAUUUUGGCUCAGCCACAGGGAAAGUUUUGAAUCCGCAACAACAUGGUGUCACUUUGGUUGAAGAGGAAAUUCAAAAGUAUACAACAUUAUCGUAUCGUGCACCCGAAAUGAUCGAUCUCUAUUCUGGUAAAAGUAUUACAACUAAAGCGGAUAUUUGGGCACUCGGUUGCAUGCUAUACAAAUUGUGCUUUUUCAAUUUGCCCUUCGGCGAAAGUACGUUGGCAAUACAGAAUGGUCAGUUCUCCAUACCAGACAAUUCCAAAUACUCAAAAGGCAUGCAUCAAUUGAUUAAAUACAUGCUCGAACCCGAUAUGGAUAAGCGGCCGAAUAUUUGGCAAGUGUGCGAAGUGGUGUUCCGAUUGGCUGGCAAAGAGAAUCCAGUACAAAAUUUGCACAAAUCUCCAUCACCAAAUUUCGAACAACUUGUCAUCCCUCCAUUUGAGUCCGAAGCGAAACGCUUAUCUGCUGCUGCCGCAUCAAAAACACCUAAGCCUCAAAGUGUGCCGAUCGUCGAGUCCGGUACGAGUGUAGCGCCUCGUCAACGCCCGAAAGGCUCCACUUCUGUACAUGGUGCAAAUCCACUGGGUCUUGGCUUGCCGCCAAGUCCAUCACCACGCAAUAAUAUAACAUCGCCACAGCCACAACAACAACCGAUAGUUGAACAAUUUCAAGCGAAUUUUCCACAAUUGGCACCACCAGUCGUACCACCACAACCAAUACAACAACAGGCAGCAACAGCAACCGUGUCUGUAGCCACAGUGGUUAUGCCGGCAACAACACCACAAGCCUCUAGUAUUGUAGUUGCCGCAACUCCCACAGUUGCACCACCACCACCACCACAACUAACACAACAAACUGUCAAUCAAACCGGUAUCACCAACACGGCAGCAAUUGCAGCACAACAGCAACAACAGCCGCCGCCUGAAGUGCUGAAUAGCCUCUUUGAAUCAUCUGUAUAUCCAGAUCCGUUUAGUGAGAAUGCACCGGUAGCAAUGAAAAAUACAACUGUAGACACAGUCGCAUGCAGCAGUGGUCUGGGUGUUGGUGUGGGUCUGGGCGUGGGUGGGCUGGGCGACGGUUUGGAUAAUAUAGCUGUAAGCUCUCUGUCAGCACAUCAUACAACUGUCGGCAGCACACCAACAAAGAGUAGUAUGCUGACUGUGUCAGGCGUGGGCCCAAGCUCUGGUAGCAGUGGCACCUCCGGACAUCGACGCAAUGUUAGCGAUACGUCUGCCUUUAAUAAAACUUUCGCCAACGAGACUUCUCAAUUCCUGGCGCCCUAUGAUCAUUCGGUCAAGAGUCGUGCGUCACACGCGAACGAUGCCAGUGGCGGCGGUGGCGACGACAGCAUGCUGGUCAAUGCAAUGGCCAAUUCUGGCACGAAUUAUGGUGGGUCGAAUCCAGGACUCUUUCUACCACCAGCACAAACGCUGCAUAUGCAAGGCCAAGGCGCCGCCGUCAUGUCGGCGUCAAUAUCGAAUGCCGAAUUAACAAGCGCUCAAGUGCUGCGUAGCAACAUAGAGACUAAUAAUAGUUUGGCACACACAAACGUCGAUGCCGCGGCUGCGAAUCAUGCCAGCGGCAGUUCAUUAGGUAAACGUAUCGAGGCUUGGAAUCCAUUUGAAGAGCAACCAUUCGGACAAAUGACUGAAGAUCAUAUAUUCGAAGCAGAAUUUGAUAAGAUACGCCAGCGUGGCAGUCAAGGAAGUAUCACAGCUAAGUCUGCAUCGACUACUUCAACUCUAACGCCUACUGAAGGUUAUGCGACAAGUAUGCCUGCAACGCAGACGCAAACAACGUCGCAACAACAACAACAACCACAAACACAACUUCCGGUCACGGUCACGCCGUUUGGCCCAACAGUUGCCGGCGGCGGCGGCUCGGUUACAGGUGGUGGCAGCGGUAGUGUCAAUGCCGCCGUGGCACACAUACCCGAGGAUCCAUUCGGCUCGGCGCCAUUCAGCUUGCCGGCCGGAUUGCGCGAGAAAGCAACAACGCUGCGUAAAACUGGAGCUAAAUUUAUCGUCACCGGUGGUCCUUCGGCAUCCAUGGCUUCGUCUAGUGGCGGUGCGAGCGGAAAUAUAACGGCGGCCUGUGGCACUACCUCAUCGACCGCUUCGUCCAAAUGGCUGCUAUCACCCACGCUCGAAGUGUCGAGUGAAGAGAAAACUUCUUUGAUAAAUAAUCUCAAAACUGAUUCGGAAGGUGGCGCUGAUGGUGUUUUAAGCAAUGCACUACAUUGUAUUGGGGGUAUUGGUGAUGGCGAUUCUGUGGCCACCUUGGCCGGUGUAGCAUUGCCGAGUGGUAAUUUUGUCAAACUUCCAUUAGAGGAUCGUAAUAAAUAUGAGAAAUUGCGUAGUAAUGAUAAUCCCACUUCGGAUGAUUCCGAUUCGGAGUAUUUUCAAGAAGACUACGGCAAUACGAUUGGACCCAGCAGCACAAAAGCGAUUUUCAAGCAAAUUGUCACCAACAACAUACCAGAUACUAUACAUAAGAUACAGCAAGCUGCUUAUCACAAAGUCGAUAAGACACAGUUAAAAGUGCCUAUAGUUAAGAAGUUACGUCAUUCCACUAAGAAACCGACAACGGCCGCCCAGCAGGCGGCUCAACAAGUUAACGCCGCCUUAGAGCAACAUGAACAACAGCAACAGCAAGCGGCUGCAAUUGCGGCCGCUGCAGCAGCUGCUUCGGGUGAUAAGUCAGAUAGCGAAGAUUCGAUUGGUUCUGCAAGUGAUUUGCGUGCCGAAGAUGAUGACUUUUUCGACGAGAACGAUGUGCAAACACGCAAUACAAAAUUACGACGCCCCGUUAUGGAUAUAGACGGCAUAAGUGAAAGUGUAAAGACGUGUAGUUCAUCGGCUUACCAUGCGGAAUGUGAAAGUGUCACUACGCACGAAGAUGAUGUUAGUCGUGUGUUGGUUAAGGUGCGUAUGCGUAAGAAGGAUCGCACUGCGGCCGCUGUGGCAGCCGCUGCUGAAGCGAGUGGCAUUACAGCGCGCGAUGAUGAAAGUGAGUUGAGUCCGACAUCUAAUGAUUUUCUAAAUAAAUUCGGCGAUAAACCAUUAUUGCUCGACGAUGAAUUAGAUUACGGUUCUGGUGAUUCCGAUUCGAAAGGUAAGAGUAGCAAUGAGACAGAAGAAUCGCCUGAAAAUGCGCCGUUACCGAAUUUAGUCUCAAACACCAAUAACCAACCGGAGGAGUUGGAUGUGUUUGCGAUGGCGCCGUUUAAGAUGCCCGUGGGUUUACCUUUGAAAAGACGUACUUCCAAAAGUCAACGUUCGCUGCCCAAAGUUCCGGCGCGAAAUCCGCCGGUGCAAUCUCAUUCCGUGGAAAUUUGGACAUCGACACCAGUAAAAAGUGUCGAUAAACGCACCAACUCAGUGGAUAACUUUGCUAAUUUUCCUUCGGGUCCCUCACCGCAGUUGGACGAAUUUAAUGAACCAUUUUUCAAUCCAUUUGCCGAACCGAAAAUCAAUCCGAAUACAGUAAUACCCAAGUCUCACAUACAAAGCUCGUCCAAUUUUGGCACUGUCACCGUUAUAUCGAACGCGGUCGAUGUGCCCAAAGAACCUACUACUGUAAAACCAAUAGCGACAACAAAUUUUGUACCCGAUUUUCCAGCGACGGAACGACCGAUUAUCGAGCCAAAACUACCAGCUAACGAAGUUUAUGCACCCGAACAAGAUCUCUUUGGCUCCGAACCAUUUCCGCAGGUAAUUCGUAAAUCUAUAAUUGUGAACCCCAUAGAAGGUAUCAAUGACAGCAUUACAAGAAAUAAGAAUAACAAUAAUAUUGUGCAAAUAAAACAAGUCCAAGCAACGGCACCCAAUCCUCUGACUCAAACACAAAACCAACAUUCCGGUUUGACAACUAUACCGACGCCCUUUGGCGCACCAACAGUUCCACAGCCCAGUGGUCCUGCGCCACAACUCGUUACAAUUAACCAUUCAAUAAUUAUCAACAAAACACCCGAACCAUUGGCGAACUCCUCACUACAAUACCGGAACAAUAUCAAUUCAAUUCAAUUAAAUGCGUCCACAACAGCGCCUCCAUUGAGUGUGGCAACAAGUGGUGGCACUACUAGCGCCUAUAUAAAAUUGCCUGCAACUGUAGCGUCGAGUGCAAACACUAUUACCACCGCCAAGCAUGUUAAUAUCAGUAUUCCUCCGCCCAAUGUUGCCGCCAUCAAUGUACCCGCACCCAAUACCGCUGCCGCCGCCAUGCACAAGCCAACACUCAAAGCGAACACUCAUGCUACCAGCACACACGGUGGCAUCGUACUCAAUAUUCCAAGCAGUAUGUCCCAUUCCGUUUCCUCCACCACCACAACUGCCAGUAAAACAGCGCAAACGCCUAGUAAUAUUUCCAUCGGUGGUUCGUCCAGCAUGAUUACGCAUUUGAAAAUGUCCGAUCAUCAGUCAUUGUUCCCAAUUGCCGAUAAUGGUUUUGUACAAAUCUCUCAAGAUCGUUGUUCGGACUUUGCUACAGACGAUGAGGCGGAGCCAGUGGUUCCGCAUGGAUCGCAUGCUGCCGACAUGGAUGCAGUCACGCCAGCAACAACAGCAUGCACGUCAGCUGCGACGACGUCGAUCCUCAACAGCGCCCCCCUCACCAUAACAAAACCGAAAAAGGAAAAGUCCCAUUUGGGUGUGAGAACGUUGCCGGCUAAAAUCACACAAAAAGUCAAGGGACACACAUACAAAAAAGUCGUCGCCGCAAGCGUACUCGGCUCAACCUCAUCACUCACCUCAAGCAGCAAACAGAAACAUCAACGUUUACAGAGUCAAUCGCAAGACGAUGACGAUGAUGAUGAUGACGAUAUCAAUGAAGGCAAAUAUAAAAAUCGCUCAACAACAAACAUCUCAAGCAACAGUUCAACAAAACAUUCCAAAUCGACAACAAGUGCUGGUGUUGGCAGCAACGCCAAAGGCACAAGUGCCUCAGCCAAUACGGCAAUGACGAGUGGCUUCCAAUCGAAUACUAUACAAAAUUCAGCGAAAACUGGUUUUAGCAAUAUGAGUUUCGAAGAUUUCCCAUCCGAUCAAGAGAUCGAUCGACUCUCCAAAACCAUACCGUUCGAGGUGGUGCGAAAUGAGAAAAUGUUGCUGGAAGCCGAAAAGAAAUUCGGUUCGUUGAAGCGACGCAAUAAUCUAUUCUCCUAGAAGCGAAUUGCCGAAACGAAACGAACGUUGAAACGCGAAUUCAAACAAGUACUACAUAAAGUAUUGAAAAAUUCCAAGGAGUAAAUAAUAAUGAAGUCAAUUAAUAGUGAAUGUUUAUAGUAUACCUAAAUAUCUAGGUGCAUAUUCCUACAUAUGCCUAUGUAGAAUUAAGUGUAGAGAUACAUAUAUGGCGAGAAUCGCAAGCAAAUGUGAAUUGCUGAAAGAUAAUGGAUGUGAAAAGUAAUAUUUAUAACGUUUUCUAAUGAUAUGUAGGCAAAAAUGCGGAAAUGAAAUGUAAUGAGGGCAUUCACACAUUAUCGUUUUAUAUUCGUUUGUAAAUAAAGUUAGUAUUGAAUGUCAUAUAAUAAUAACUCGUAUAUGAGUUUCGAAUAUAACGUCACAUGCAACAUAUAAACUGUUAUCAACCGUUAUAAAAGGUAUAUUUUAUUCGUCGAAUAUAUUUUUUCGAAUUUGUAUUAUUUACUUUGAAAAACGUGUUUACUUUUACAUGUUGUGAAUGUCCUUAAUGAGAGAGAAAAACUAUAAUACUGUUAUUAACUAUAUAUUAAAUUUAUAUAUUGAGCGAUUGCGCAUAUUUCAAAGCGUUUUUGCUACGAAGGGUUUAUGUAUAUUCGAACGAAGUUCAUGAAAAUUUAAAGAAUAA